AUGGAUCUUCUUACAGUAGCUUUAUUACUCUUCCGUUUUGUCUCCGCCGUCUUUUCGUUGUAAGUUUAUUGGCUGAAGAACGCGUAGCAGAGCUCUAAAAGAGAGAAUGGAAGGAGCUAAACGCGAAAUUGAUAACUACUUUCUCGUUUUUGCGAAAAGGUUGGCGUUCUUAAUACCAUAAGUUUGAAGAAUGCUCACGUUCUGGAUCAUGUAGAUGUGGAUUGCCUUGUAGACAACAUUUUAAAAUGUUUCAAGUUGUUUUCGAAAAAAUACUACAUUUAUGGCAGUUAAAUCAUCAUCCAUACUUAAAUUAAACUGGUUUGGUUCUUUUUAACGAUACUUGUUUUAGUGAACCUCUAGACAUUACACAAGACCGAACGAAUAAAAGUGCUGUAUGGGCAGUUCUGGUAGCCGGCUCAUGUGGAUUCGAGAACUACCGCCACCAAGCCGACGUUCUCCAUGCCUAUCACAUCUUGCGGGAGAGAGGAGUUCCCAGCCAAAACAUUAUCACCAUGGUUUGCAAUGACAUUGCCAACGACACAAAGUAGGCGUGUUUCAUUAGUGUUUAUACUCUAGAAUCAUUCCUUUUUUAAAAUCCUCGCUUUAGCAAUCCCUACGAAGGAAUGGUUUUCAACGAACCAAACGGGCCAAACUUGCUGGAAGAUGCGAAGAUGGAUUACCAAGGAAAGGAUGUAUCGCCACAGACGUUCAUGGAGAUUAUUUGGGGGAAUGCUACCGGGCCAGUCUUGAAUAGCACUGAGAACGAUAGAGUAUUCAUCUACUACGCGGGUCACGGUGAAAAUCAGACAUUGUCGUUUCAGGUGGAUAACCCUUUAGAUCAGGUAAGUGAGGUGUCCGAAAAAAGUACCCAAAAGGAAAAUUACUGCUGUAUUAUUUCAAAUAAUGAUGCCAAAUUAAUUGUUUUAGCUGAACGCUAACCACAUCAAAGCCCUGUUUGAGUUCAUGUACCAAAAGAAGAUGUACAAGCGAUUAGUGUUUUAUGUCGAAGCCUGUCAUUCAGGCUCACUCUUCUCCGAAGACUACGCCAAGGACAAGAAUAUCUACGCUGUUACGGCAGCCAGUGCGGAAACGACUUCUUUCAGUGCGAAUUGCAUAAAACUACCAGAUAGAGGAAUCAGUUCAGAAUACAGCGAGCUUUGUUUGGGAGACGAGUUCUCCUCGAAUUGGAUGGCUUUUGCUGAAGAAGCCGAACCGACGGUCAACACGUUGCUGGAUCAAUAUCAGUUCUCCAGAAAGAACACUCUAAGAAGCCAAGUUCAACAAUUCGGGGACACCAGUUUUGUCCAAGAGCCCAUUGGCUAUUAUCAAGGAAAUAUUAUGGCGAAGGAGGCAGAGGGUUUCAAAGAUGAUAAAGUUAAGACCUUUCUGGAAGUGGGAGAAAGAGAAACCGAGGUGAUUCCGGUAAGGAAAUCGUCAAAGAAGAUGAGGCCGACGCUAGGUCGGAAAGGUGCGGUUAAAAAGAUCAAAGGAUUCAUUUAUUCGGACGAAAAGCCAAUCACAAGAAAGCCUGCAAAAUUUGUUCCGAAAAAGGUACAAUUUUUUUGUAAAGCAUUUUAAAAAUUUUUGAAGAUAUAAAGAUCCCUUUUCCAGCUCCUAAACAAAAAGUUUGGCUCAUAUCCCGUCAGAGACAUGGCAAUUAUGCAGCUGAAAAACAAAGUUGACAACACGAAAAACGCAACGGUCAAGGCAAUGCUACAGUACAAACUGGACACAAUGAAAAGAAAUAGAGAAUUGGCCGAUGCACAUAUGAAAGAUAUCUUUGAAAAACUGGACAAUCUGCAGAAUGAUAAAACAAAAGAGGUCAAAGCGGAAUGGCCAUGUCGUACGAAGGUUAUUCAACAGUUCACAAGACAUUGCUACAAGUUGUCUAGAGUGAGAAAAUAGUCAUCCCGUGACAGUAGUAAACUUUGAUUUUUCAGGACCGUUACGUUGCCAAGUACACUGGAAAGUUAUACUCUUACUGUGACCGACAUUACAAACAGGAGGAAAUUGAAAAGGUUUUGGAGGGAAACUGUCAGAAACGCUUCGCAAAACAAGUCGUCUAA